AUGCCAACCGUAGGCAUUAAGAAGGUACUUCUCGAUAAGCAUCUCGGAAAAGUCUAUAGUGAGAAGGAAUUCGACGAGCUUUGCUUUGAAUAUGGACUUGAACUGGAUGAAGUGACGUCCGAAAAGGCUGCAGUAGAGAAAGAACGAGGUGAGGCGGCUGCUGGUGAUGAGCUUUGUGAUUCGGAGGUAUACAAAGUCGACAUACCAGCGAACAGAUAUGACUUGUUAUGCGUAGAAGGGCUGACUAGA